AUGGAAAGUGAACUUGGCUUCUUGAUCUCUGUUCUGAUCAUAUGUGCAGACAUUUCAGCUGGAGUCCUCGGGAUCGAAGCCGAGAUUGCUCAAAGCAAGCAAAAACAAAAUCAUCAUCAACAUCAACAACAUUCAAGAAAUCCGGUUUCUCAAUGUCAAAGAAACCCGAGUUCUGAUGCUUUUGUUCAGGGGAUAGCAGCAUUGGUGCUUCUUGGUAUUGUCCAUAUCACAGCUAAUGUUCUUGGAGGCUGCAUUUACAUUCGCUCCAAGCAAGAUUUCAAGAGAGCAACGGCGAACAAGAUACUAGCUGUCGCUUUCCUUGUUCUCUCCUGGAUCUUGUUUGGAGUCGGCUACUCAACGCUGAUGCUAGCAACAUUGGCCAACUCGAAAUCGCAUAGAUUCUGCAAGUUGCCGAAUCAUUGGCUGUUCCUUGUCGGAGGCAUAAUUUGUCUGGUACAUGGAUUAGUAACUUCAGCAUAUUAUGUUUCAGCCACUGCUGCUAAAAAAGAAGACAAAGAGAAUAUGCAACAAGGAACUCAAGAAAACAGAAGCCGCGCAUGA